AUGUCUGCUCAGCAACUUUGGGACAGUGCUGCAUCGAUGCUCGCUGCUACCGAGAAGCAUCCGUUUUUGGUGGGAAUGGUCGACGGAACACUUUCCAACGACAGUUUUAAGCACUAUAUCGUACAGGAUGCAUUGUAUCUUGUUCGUGACUUUGCCUACUGCCUUCGUCGCCUGGCAGAAUCUGCAGGCUCCGAAGAAGACUCCAAGCAAUUGCAGGCUUCCGCAAUUGGAGCUAUAGAAGCGGAAAUGAUGCUGCACAACUCGCUGUUCAAGGAGUGGGACAUCAUCUCAGCAGAGGGAGCAGAGCAAAUGCCUCAUACUUUGCUGUAUACAUCAUACUUGAAGCGCGUCGUGGCUACUAGAUCGCACAAACAAGGACUAGCUGCCCUUCUUCCUUGCCACUGGGUUUACAUGCACGUUGGAAGAAAGUGCUUGCUGAAACUUCGUGAGGGACUUGGUGAAUGCAUUAAUCGCCCACCACAAUUUGACGCGUGGAUUGACAUGUACGGAGGAGACGACGUUGAAGGAAAAGUAAAAGCGUACAUUAAGCUUGUCGACGCUGAAUGCAAGGUUGCAACUGCGGAUGAGUUGAAGGAAAUGGAGGAACACUUCAAUAUGUGCUGUAAGUUGGAACACAUGUUCUGGGACCAGGCGAGCAACCAAAUGGAGUGGCCGAAUCUUGGAGGCAUUUAG